CCCCUCUUCCUUUGUGUGCAUCAGGCUACGGUGACUUUCUCUGAUGUGGCCGUGAGCUUCUCACAGGAGGAGUGGCCAUGCCUGGAUGCCUCUCAGAGGAAGCUCUACAGAGACGUGAUGCUGGAGACCUAUGAGCACCUUCGGGCUGUAGCAGAACCAACGCCAGAAAUCCAUCCCUGUCCCUUCUGCUCUCUGGCCUUCUCCAUUCAAAACUUCCUCAGUCGUCACAUGAAACUUAGUCAUCCCUCUGGGAUUCUCCCAGGAACAUCUACUAGAAAGCAACUUCACUCAGAGAAUUUUUGUCCACGUGAUCAAAGCAAAUUGCAGCAUCAUUCUGUACCAUAUAAUGACAAAAUUGAAGAACCAAGGAAUGACAUACAUGAAAAUCAAAACCACAAAGAAAGCUCCUUACCUUUGGCUGAGAUUAUAAUGCAUGAGAGAAUUCCAACAACCUUUUCUAGUCUAUUUUGCAGUCAAAUAGGGAGCUCUAAUAAACAUGAGAUGGCAAUGAAGGAAGAAACUCACAGAGGGCACAAAAAAAAUCCAAAGAAAACAGGUAGAGUAGUUGCACCUGGGCAGUGCUUCAAGGAUGGAUCAAAUAUCAUUGCACACCAGAAGACUGAGACAGUUGAGAAGCCCUAUGUUUGCAGGGAGUGUGGGCGAAGCUUCAGUCGGAGAUCAAAUCUCAAUGCACACCAAAGGACUCUAACGGGGGAAAAGCCUCACAUUUGUCAGGAGUGUGGGCGAGGCUUCAGUCGCAGAUCACAUCUCAUUACACACCAGAGGACACACACUGGAGAGAAGCCUCAUAUUUGCAAGGAGUGUGGGCGAGGCUUAAGUCGGAGAUCAACUCUCAUCGCACACCAGAGAACACACACACGGGAGAAUCUGCAUGUUUGCUCAGAAUGUGGGCGAGGCUUCACUCUGAAAUCAAAUCUUAUCAGACACCAGUCCAUACACUCAGGGGAGAAGCCCUAUGUUUGCAAGGAGUGUGGGCGAGGCUUCACGUUGAGAUCAACUCUCAUCACACACCAUAGGAUACACACUGGAGAGAAGCCUCAUGCUUGCAAGGAGUGUGGACAAGACUUCAGAUGGAAGAGAACUUUAAUCAUACACCAGAGGACACACACAGGGGAGAAUCCCUAUGUUUGCAGGGAGUGUGGACAAGGCUUUACUCAGCAAUCACAUCUCAUCAGACAUCAGAUGAUACACAUAGGGGAGAAGCCCUAUGUUUGUAGGGAGUGUGGCCGAAGCUUCAGGCACAGUUCAAGUCUCAUCGCACACCAGAGGAUACACACAGGAGAGAAAACCCCAUUUGUGCAGGGAGUGGUGGGCAAGGAUUCAGGUUGGAGGUCAACUCUCAUCACACACCAGAAGGCACACAGGGCAGAAAAGCUCUAUGAUUGCAGGGAGUGUGGGAAGGUUUCAGUUGCAAGUCACUACUCAUCACACACCAGAGGACACACACAGGGAAGAAGCGUCAUGUUUGCAGGGAGUGUGGGCGAGGUUUCAGUAAGCUGUCAAAUCUUACCAUGCACCAGAGAACACACACUGGAGAGAAACCCCAUGUUUGCAGGGAGUGUGGGCAAGGCUUUACUCAGCAGUCACAUCUUGUCACACACCAGAGGACACACGCAGGGGAGAAACCUCAUGUUUGCAGGCAAUGUGGGCGAGGUUUCAAUUACAGGUGUCAUCUCAUCUCACACCAGAGGACACACACAGGGGAAAAGCCCUAUAUUUGCAGGGAGUGUGGACGAGGCUUCACUCACAAAUCUUCUCUCAUCACACAUCUGAGAACACACACAGAAGAAAAGCCCCAUGUUUGUAGGGAGUGUGGACGAGGCUUCACUCACAAAUCAUCUCUCAUCACACAUCUGAGCACACACACAGGAGAAAAGCCCCAUGUUUGUAGGGAGUGUGGACGAGGCUUCAGUCGGAGGACACAUCUCACCAGACACCAGAGGACACACACAGGGGAGAAACCCCAUGUUUGCAUGGAGUGUGGGCAAGCCUUCUGUCAGAGUUCAAAUCUCAUUGUCCACCAGAGGAUACACAGAAGAGAAGCCUGUUUGUAGGAACGGUGGAUGAGGCUUUCGUCUGAGCUCAUAUCUCAUUUACCAGAGGACACACAAGCCCUGUACAGGAAGUAUGGGUGAGGCUUCAGUUAGCUCUCACGUCUGAA